ACACCCACUUCCGGGUCACGCAUUUCAAGAUGGCGGCGCCUAUGGAAAAAGGGUGGCGUUGGGCAUGGAGGUACAGAGGUCUCAUAUUGCAAAAUAAAUCUCGGUGUUUUUGCAUUAGGUCUGAAUGCCUAUCCACUGGUAGUGUCGGAAGCAGCCUUCUGUCGUCGCUCAACAAACGAGGGGUCAUACAAGAUGCUUUCCCCGAUUCCUCCGCCCAAGUGGAGCUUCCUCGGCUGCUGCAGAAUGCUCCACAGACGGUGUACUGUGGAUUCGACCCCACCGCAGACAGCCUGCACAUCGGGAACUUGCUCGCCAUAAUCGGACUAUUGCAUUUCCGAAACGCCGGGCACAAUGUAAUCGCGCUAUUAGGCGGUGCCACGGCUCAAAUCGGGGACCCAAGCGGGAGAACCAGCGAACGAGAAAAACUGUCCAGCGAUGUCGUAUUGGACAACACAACAGGCAUCAGAGAGAGUCUGGAGCGAAUAUUUAUUAACCACGAACUGUAUUACUGUAGCGGGGACAAGGGGCUGGGGACAUUUACCGUGCUGAAUAACGCUAGCUGGUACCGAGGCUGGGAUGUCGUCACUUUUCUGUCCGACGUUGGCCGACACUUCCGGAUGGGGACCCUGCUGAGCCGGCACAGCGUCCAGUCCCGCAUGAAGAGCGCCGAAGGCAUGAGUUUGACCGAGUUCUGCUACCAGCUGUUUCAGGCCCAUGACUUCCACCACCUGCACCAGCACCACGGCUGCAGCAUUCAGCUCGGCGGAACCGACCAACUCGGGAACCUGAUGUCUGGCCACGAAUAUAUCCACAAGGUGACUGGGCAGGACGUGUAUGGGCUCACCGUUCCCCUGGUAACCAGCAGUACCGGGGAUAAACUGGGGAAGACGGGCGGGAACGCCGUGUGGCUGAACCGUGACAGAACCUCACCGUUUGAGCUCUACCAGUACUUCCUGCGCCAGCCCGACUCCACUGUGGGCAGGUACCUGAGUCUCUUCACCUUCCUGUCUCUGGCGGAGGUGGAGCAGGUGAUGGAGCACCAGAGACAGGACCCGGGGAGGCGGCUGGCACAGAAGCGGCUGGCAGCCGAGGUCACCAAGCUGGUGCACGGCAGCGAGGGGCUGGAGAGCGCCAAGAGGUGCACCAGCGCUCUGUUCCACAGCAGUCUCCAGGCCCUGCAGCAGAUGAGUGACUCCGAGCUGCAGGAGCUCUUCAGAGAGGCCCCGUUCUGUGAGCUGCUGCUGGAGCCAGGGACCAGCGUGCUGGAGACCUGCAGGAGGGUGGGGGCCAUACCGCCUGGAGCCCGAGGGUACCGCAUGGUGACGGAUGGGGGUGUUUGGAUCAACCACAGUCGCGAGGAAAACCCCGAGCAGGUCCUGAUUCCAGGGCAGCACAUCCUCGCCAACGGCCUCACCCUCCUGCGCGUCGGCAAGAAGAACUUCUACAUCAUCCGCUGGCUCAACCUGUGACACGGCCGCCAUGCUGGCUCAACCUGUGACACAGCUGCCAUGCUGGCUCAACCUGUGACACGUCCGCCAUGCUGGCUCAACCUGUGACACGGCCGCCAUGCUGGCUCAACCUGUGACACGGCCGCCAUGCUGGCUCAACCUGUGACACGGCCGCCAUGCUGGCUCAACCUGUGACACGGCCGCCAUGCUGGCUCAACCUGUGACACGGCCGCCAUGUUGGGCAUUCUGGGGCCCAGGGCAUUCUGGGAACUGCUUAUAAAGACGUGUGGAUGUUGAGAAGAUUGUAUGUGAAAUAUUCCCAACCCUGGUUCUACAAGAUAUUUUAUUUUGCUCCCAACCUGCCUUCAUUCCAGAAAACGCAGGCGACUGAUUGUAAUCUAAUGUGAGCUUAUUCAUAAAAUAGACUUAAAGCGAAACAUGGUGCUUCAGUUCUGUUUCUGGAUUCAGUUUGGGCUAUGUGUGACAAAAUGAUCCAUCCAUUAUCUGAACCCGCUUAUCCUGAUCAGGGUCGCAGGGGGGCUGGAGCCUAUCCCAGCACACAGGGGGCGAAAGGCAGGAACACACCCUGGACAGGUCGCCAGUCCAUCGCAGGGCACACACACACCAUUCACUCACACACUCAUACCUAUGGGCAAUUUAGACUCUCCAAUCAGCCUAACGUGCAUGUCUUUGGACUGUGGGAGGAAACCCACGCAGACACGUGGAGAACAUGCAAACUCCGCACAGAGAGGCCCCGGCCGACGGGGAUUCAAACCCAGGACCUCCUUGCUGUGAGGCGGCAGUGCUACCCACUGCACCAUCCGUGCCGCCGUGACAAAAUGAUGAUGAAGAUAAUAUAAAGAUCUUCAUGUGGUGCCAUGCUAGUGGGGCAACUGCUAGAUUAGCUUAGCCUGUUUCCCACUGGCUAACAGCCUUUUUCCAUAGUCUGUUUUAGGGCUAAGUGUGACUGUGAUUGAUGCUAAUUUGUAUACAGUCUGUCAGCUGACCCUGCUGGAGCCAAUCACAGAGCUCCGCCUCUGAUCCUGGAGAGCCACAAUCAUGCUGGGGGUUGUUUCACAUUCAGACUGGUUCAGACUGGUUCAGACUGGUGAGAACCGGCUGAGGUGAGUGACCUGUCGAAGAAGGGGAUUUAUUCGGCCAAUUAACCAUGGAAACUACCAGCUCUGUGGCUCUCUAGUACCAAGGUUGAGGAAUCCUGUUCCUGAUAAAACUGUAUGUUCUUUGUUCCACCACUAGAGGGCAGUGACACUACACUUGCUGGGAAAACCAGAAAACAAGUGUUACUACAUAAACUUGGGAGAUUUCUCAAUAGUAAUUUGUCAAUGCAAUUAAGAUUUACUGGGAAAAAAAGCAUUUGACAUUUUAGAUUUAUAAAUAAUGUAGGUAGUUGUACAACGUGUACAUUUGUAUGGAUGAGCAGGAGGGUUGUACAGAUAGAUCUGAGCAUAUAUUGUGCAUUUUAAAUAAAAUUAGGUUCAUUUUUAGAAAUGUCUGCUAAUCUUUCAGCAGCCAGGUCCUUAGCCCCCCCACACUUCACCAGCGUAGCCGAAGAGAAGCGGCAUCUCCACGACAGGUCCUGAACAUUUAUAUAAAAUAUACACACUCCAGCACAGGUCCUGAAGAUAACUGAAACAUCCUGAUCUCCUUACUGUAUGAAAAUAGCCGUUUCUUUUUCUACUGUCAGUAACCUGCAGUAGUUGUUCUGGUGUCUAAAGGGUUAAAGUAUUUCAGCGAUGAUUCUGUGACCCAGUUGUGCUGGUGUAACUGUAGCAGCAGGUGGGCGGAUAGAGUACUGCUCGUGUCUGUAUCGGUCAGGCCUGGGGAAAGUGCCUUUGAGAUGAUGUCAUUUUUAUGAAUAGACCUAAUACAUUUUUUACAUGAUUUGCCUUUUCACUUAAAGAACAUGUUGUCAGAACAUGAACUGUGCAGAUGCAAUAUGUAACCCCCCACACACACACACCUUAACA